UGCAAAGAACCAAAAAGACCCGAGAAAAAAAAAGCUUGGACCAGAGGAGGAAACGGCAGAAGCAGAGCGGGAGGAAGAAGGCCGACUGGGAUCCCUGUGGGCGGUGGCCCACCGCAUGGCAGUGCCCUGAGCCUGCGCCACCCACCGGGCUCCGGUGGCCGGUGCCGGCACCGAGAUGCGGCCGCGGGGAGCGGCCCUGCUUCUCCUCGCUUCCGCUGCGCUCUCGGUUUAUGUGCCACUGGGAUCAGCAAGCUCAACAACCAUUGCGGCAUUCUUAUUUGGGUUCUUGAGUAGACCGGAUCGACAUUCAGUUCCUUCCCCAGCCCCAGCACCUUCUCCUGGACCUGAAGGUCCCUUUUACCACCCAGUGCAUAGGCAUCACAGAAAAAGACCUCAUGUUGCCACACCAUCUUCGUCGCCAUCGUUUGAAAGACAAGAUUGCAGUGGAGUAACUUGUUCGAGUCCGCUAACUUCUACUCCAAUUGGUUCCCCUUGUGGUUGUGUAUAUCCUAUGCAAAUUCAGCUUGACCUUGGAGUAGCACCAUACCAGUUAUUCCCAAGAAUUGAUGAGCUAGAAAUUGAGAUUGCAGAAGGUACAUUCCUGAAACAGAGUCAAGUUCGGAUAAUGGGUGCUGGGAGCAGUAUUCAAGGUCCUGAAAAGACUACAGUAACCAUUGAUUUGGUGCCACUAGGUCAGAAGUUUGACAGGGUUUCAGCUUUACUGACUAGCAACAGAUUUUUGCAAAAGAAGGUUCUGAUCAAGUCGUCUAUUUUUGGUGAUUAUGAUGUAAUAUAUGUCCAUUAUCCUGGCCUACCUUCUUCGGUACCUAAUGUUCCAGGAUCCUUGGGUCCAGUAAGCAGCAAUGAGAACCCCUUGGGCGCAAAUGUACACAAUAAAAGCCAUCAGAAGAUUAACUCUAAAAUUGUUGCCAUAAUUGCUCUGUCAGCUGUUGUGCUUGUUUUGACUUGUUUUGGCAUCGGCAUCAUAUGCAAAUAUAAAGGAUGUGAAAAGGCUCAUGGUACUGGUCAUGCUUCGAAUUCAUCAUUCACCAGAAAAACAGGUAUGAGGUCAUCAUUCUCCAGUUCAGCCAGCUCGACAGCAUCUUUUUCUUCAACAAUACCAACCUGCCCAUCCACUGUCAAGACAUUUUCGAUUUCUGAGCUUGAGAAGGCAACGGGAAAAUUUAGCUUCAACAAAAUAAUAGGCGAAGGAGGGUAUGGGCGUGUUUAUCGUGGCAUAAUCGAAGAUGGAACUGAGGUUGCUGUCAAAUUGCUUACAGGGAAACACCAGAACAGAGAUCGUGAGUUCAUUGCAGAAGUCGAGAUGCUAAGUCGUUUGCAUCAUCGCAAUCUUGUCAAGUUGAUCGGUAUAUGCGUUGAGCGGAGCAUGAGAUGCUUGGUAUUUGAGCUUGUUCCAAACGGAAGCGUUGAGUCUCAUCUGCAUGGUUCGCAUAAAAUAUACGGUCCACUUGAUUUCGACACUAGAAUGAAAAUAGCCCUGGGUGCAGCAAGGGGUCUGGCCUACCUGCAUGAGGAUGCCAAUCCCCAUGUUAUCCACCGUGAUUUCAAGGCUAGCAAUGUUCUGCUCGAGAACGAUUUCACCCCCAAGGUUGCAGAUUUCGGGCUUGCCAAGGAAGCAUCAGAAGGACUCGAGCAUAUUUCUACUCAGGUCAUGGGAACAUUCGGUUACGUUGCCCCGGAGUACGCAAUGACCGGUCAUCUCCUGGUGAAGAGCGACGUGUACAGCUACGGCGUGGUGCUCUUGGAGCUCCUGUCAGGCCGGAAGCCCGUGGACAUGUCCCAGCCGCCGGGGUCCGAGAACCUUGUCACCUGGGCGCGCCCGCUCCUCACCACUCGGGAAGGCCUGCAGCAGCUGGUGGACCCAUCGCUGCCGGCACCGGCGAGCUGCGACUUCGAUAAGCUGGCCAAGGCGGCGGCCAUUGCGUCCAUGUGCGUGCACGUGGAGGCGUCGCACCGGCCGUUCAUGGGCGAGGUCGUGCAGGCGCUGAAGCUGAUCACCAGCGGGAACGGCGAGACUUGCAGCGGCUCCUUCGGCGGCGGCGCCACGGAGGACGAGGAGUCCCCCUGGAACGACGGCAGGAGCUGCUCGUGGAACGACGGUGACGCGCCGCCGCGCAUCCCCGGGGCGCCCCGCCCGAUGGCAGCGGGCUACAGCUCGGACCCCGCCGAUGACGCGUCGGCGCGGCGGCCGCGGUCGACGCCGAGCGCGGUGCUGGACAAGAUCGAGUCCCUGGCGAUGUACGACUGGUCGGGGCCGCUGAGGAGCAGGACCAGGAACUUCUACCGGUUGAGGGGAAGCAUGAGCGAGCACGGCCAUGGCCACCACCCUUCCGACGACUGCAGCAUGGAGGGCGGCUACUGGAUGUAGCCGCAGCUGAUCUAGGAGAGUUUCCAUUCUCUGUAACUGUAAUUGUAUAGCCUCCUGGCCCGCUGCUGCUCUUUGAUGAGAUUUUGAUGCGAAAGAACUCCUGGUUCUAGAUCGUUUAAUGUAGCGGAUGCAUGCGCGUUUUGGCCCAUAGCUUUUCUUUGGUUGUG